CGCACCCUAGCACUCCUCCUUUUAAAUCCCCCUUCUUUCACUCUCCCUCCCUCUCUAGUCUCUACGGGGGAAGGAAGGAGUUGAGCUCUUCGCCAGAUUUAUUCCGCCCACCAGAUCUUGACAUAUUUCCAAUUUCUCCCGUACCGGAUUCCCCGCAAAUCGCCAUCUCCGAUGACCUCAUCAGCUCAGAUUCCGCUCUCCAGCCACGACUCCGACGGCGCCGCCACCCAGGCUUCCGUGGUCGCCGCCGUCCGCUCGUUCGUCACCCGGCUCUACGGCGCAAUCGGCAAUUCGCUCUCCCGCCGCCGCCCAUGGACGGAGCUCAUCGACCGCUCCGCCUUCUCCAAGCCGGGCUCGCUCUCCGACGCCACCACCAGGAUAAGGAAGAACUACUCCUACUUCCGCGUCAACUACAUGACUCUGCUCGCCAUCGUCCUGGCGGUUUCCCUAAUCUCCCACCCGUUCUCCCUCAUCACUCUCCUCUCCCUCCUCUCCGCCUGGCUCUUCCUCUACACGUUCCGCCCCUCCGACCAGCCCCUGGUGGUAAUGGGGCGGACCUUCUCGGAUCGGGAGACGCUCGGGAUCUUGAUUCUGGUGACGGUGAUCGUCAUCUUCCUGACCAGCGUGGGGUCGCUGCUGAUCUCGGCGACCAUGGUCGGGGUGGCGAUUGUGUGCGUCCACGGCGCGUUUAGGGAUCCGGAGGAUUUGUUCAUGGACGAGCAGGAGGGAGGUGGUGCCGGGCUGUUCUCGCUCAUCGGAGGGUCGGCCGCAGCGGCCGCCGGGAACAGCAUGAUGUCGCGCGUGUGAGGUUGAUUGGUCACUGAUGUUGAUUUCUUCACUCUGUUGUUAUACUCUGGGGUUAGGGUUUUAGUAGUGAAAUUUUCGAAACGGAUCUGCAGCGGUAUUACCACUGGAAUUGCAGUUUUCGAAAUUGAGAUUGCUAAUUAUUUCAUAAUGUGUCAAUUGUAAAAUUUCAUUUCCGAUCACAUUUGUUGAGGUUUUACUAAUCCUCUUCACUCGAUGUAUUUCUGUAACUAUGUUUCAUCGCUACUAAUUGCCAAAAUGGUAAGCUACAAUGUGUUAAUCUCAUCACUCAUCACAUUAUGUAGGCUGACAAAAAUCGAUAUAUAGUAUUGGAACGUGUAGGUUGACACCCUUGACGCUGAUGGUACUACUACCGAUCGUGGCGUAGGCAGAUGCCAUGCCGGAACUGAUGCAGAAAAUUGUCAAACGUAUGCUGGUGUUCAUGAAUCUACCAGGAUACAAUGGCAGCAUAGUCCGAUGUCGAACUAAUCACCAGAAGAACGAUCCAGCAGCAGUGUAGGCAGCUGCCCGAUGAAUUUACAGUCCAUCGACACCAGGCUACGCUCAAUCAAGCUAACCAGACUGCAAUCAAACAAGACUUUUCCCAGGCGUACAGGCCGUUGUUAUCAGCCUAGCCACCAUCAAGCUAUUUAGACUGCAACCAUACAGGACUCAAACGACACCAUCAACACAGGUAAUAACAUUAACAAGACUCA